GGACAGAGAACGCUAGCCUGGUUCGAGGACAACCGUUCGUCCUGCACCGCAGACUCGAGGCGUGCCGGGGGCAGAAACACGACAGAAGAGAUGGGCAUGCCACCCGCUUCGCCAUGACGAUUCAACAGCCACUCGACAAGGGCGCAGCAGCAGCAGACUUGCAGAACUCGGCCGCCGUUGCAGCACCGGCGGCAACCACCAGCAAUGGAUUGCCAUUGCCAGCACGCAAGGAGCCGCCGCCCGAGAAGCCGUCGGACGUGCGGCGACGCAGCUACAUCAUCCUCUCGUUCUGGCUGAUCGUGCUAUGUCUCGGCCUGCCCAUCUGGUGGAAGACGACCACCAUCUACCGCGCCGAUCUUCCCUUGCAGGAGAUGCUCGACUGGGCCGAUGGCAAGGCAUGUCGCCCUGUCUUCCCGCUGCGCAUCUCCAUCCAGGCCAAUGCGCUCCAGGAACAAGAGGCCCAGAACCUGCUGCGGCUCACACAGCAUGCUCUCGACGAUCUCAACGACUUCUCCGGCCAUCACCUGCGGCUGCAGUUGGCCCCCCCGGCCGCGAGCGAGAACCGCGACCACGACCACGACAGUGUUCUGACGAUCCGUCUACUUCCUGGCGAGACAACGACGGCAUCCUUUGACCCGCACGCGCCGGUUCUCGACAUCACAUACCCGCCCAAUACCCUUCCGUCGCCCACAUCAUCCUCCUCGUCCCUCGCGACCUACGUUGCCGGCCAGCUGCGGUCGACGUUCGCCGAGGAGCAGGCCACCAUCUCGUACUUGCUCUCCACCAACUCGAUCCCGUCGGAACAUCGGCCGCAGGGUCUCUCGCCGGACGUUGCCGAUUCCCUUUCCAAACGCACCACGAGAUCGCUGAAAUACGCACCGACCUACCACCUCACCUUCUCGCUCUUCACGAGCGGGCCGUUGCCGAGCAGCUGGGAUAUCGAAGACGCUAUUCACCAGUACAUGAAGCCUGUGCUGGACGUCCUGUCGCCCAUCCACAAUUUCACCAUAGACACGCAGGUCCAGCUAUAUGCGACGCCGGGGGUCCAGAACCAGGUGCUCAACAAGGAGGAUCUCUCAUCCUUCAUUAACGCCGCCGAGUGGCCGCUGUCGCCUUCCAUCGGGGGAGCGCCGACCAUCAACUUUGUCGUUUUCGCCGGGAACCAGACGAUUGCGGUGCCGCCGACGCAGGAUUCAGCAGAUAGCUCCGGGACAGCCCCGGCCCCUCACUCGUGGCUGAUCCCCCAGUGGGGCACCGUCUACCUCCUCUCGCUCCCCAGCGACACGGCGCACCUGUCCUCGGAGGCGCUCAAGCAGCCGCUCCUGACCUUCACCUCGCACCUGCUCUCUCUGACGGGGAUGCCGCAGUCGGGCUCGCUGCCGCUCCGCCUCUCGACGCUCGCGCGCAUCCGCUCGGCGGACCUGCUGCUGCGCGCGUCGUCCACGCUCGGGUCACUCGCGCGGCUCGCGCUCGCGCUGCCCUCGAUUUCGAUCCCGAGCAGCGUCGCGGACGGGGUGUCCAAGACGAUGGCGCACCUGCGCCUGGCCUGCGAGACGCUGGGCAGGCCCGAAGGGCUGGCGCACGCGCGCGUCGCCGAGGCCGAGGCCGAGCGGGCCUUCUUCGAGAAGAGCAUGGUCGGGCAGCUGUAUUUUCCCGACGAGCACAAGAUCGCCGUCUACCUGCCGCUUCUGGGGCCGGUGGCGGUGCCGCUGGUCAUGGGCUUGCUCAAUGAGCUGAAGGCCUGGAGGAAGCGCAGGCGGGAGGCUGCUGAGGUGGCGCAGGGGAAGAAGAAGGAGUAGGGCGAGGUACGAGUUGCAUCGAUGGAUAGCCGUGGAGUUUGGGUGUGCACUGUGUUUGACUCUAUUCUAGCGAACAUGCAUGGUAAUCAUAGAAAGACACUUGAAAGGUUCCAGUAUCAUUUCGCGGCCGCUCUUGUUGUGUUCAGACUUCAUGCGGCUUUGUGUCACUUGAAUGGCCCCAUAUGUACUUGACCGGGAAAACACAUUUAACAUCAAGCGGGUUUAGCUCAGUUGGGAGAGCGUCAGACUGAAGUCAACUUCAGGAACUCAAUCUGAAGGUCGUGUGUUCGAUCCACACAAACCGCAGUGCUUGUUUUUUGCCCCGGUUUCCACUUCGC